AUCUGUCAUAAUCGACAAAUGUUAUGAAAGUUUGAGAGGUUAGACUCUCCUGGCUGUGUUUAGAGUUUAGAUUUCCUGGAAAUUCUUUCAAGCCUAAUAUGUGCUUGACUCCAAUAAUAUUUUGAAUUAUAUUAACGAAAAUGUCUAAUUCGGAACUACAAGAUGAAGAAAGGGAAGUACUCCAAUCCAUCUAUGAUGGAGAUCAACAAUUCAAAGAGAUUUCAUCGAAGAUUUUUCAGUAUAAGUAUGGCGAAAAUGAGAGCAUCAAAUCAUUUUUACUAGAGAUAGAAUGGACUGAAAACUAUCCUGAAGAGCUACCAAAAAUAAACUUGGACGCAUUCUACAACAAACAUGUAACUCCUUCAGUGAAAGAGAAGAUCAAGGAUUUAGUGAUUGAGCAAGGAAAUCAAUUUCUUGGUAUGUCAAUGACAUAUUCCCUCUUUGAAGCUGUGAAAGAAAAAUUUGAAGAAUUGAUACAAGAACAGCCUGAUAAGGUCGACCCUUCAUCAAUAGAUAGAUUAACUAUUUCUGACAAUGUCGAAUCUAUUCAGGAUUCUAAGAAAAUUCCAAAAAAAGAACAAUUAACAAAAGCACAAAAACGAAGGCAAUGGAAUAGGCUUGACAGUAAAGGUGAAAAGCCUAGAGGUUGGAAUUGGGUAGACAUUGUAAAACAUUUAUCUCAGACUGGUUCCAAAGAUGAUAAACCUCCUACAUCUUGAUGAACUUCUUAGAAAAAUAAAUUGUUUUGUAAAACAAAGUUACUUUUAUUAAAAUGAUCCCAUUAUCAAACAA